UAAUGCAAAACCAAGUGUGAUUUGUCACCUCACUUCAAUCUCCAUUGCAGCUAAGAUAGUAAGCGUGGAAUUUUUCAAGCUUCAUAGGAGGAGUAUUAAAACGGAUAAUGAUAGCAUGCAUUUUAAAGAAUAAUUCUCAGCACUUGCCAAGUCAUGCUCUCUGAGGUAUCUGUAAGUGUGGGAGGGAUGCAUGCUUUCAAGGGGGCCUGUGUUUCAUGGUCAUCUCAGGCAGGGGGCUGCAAAGUUCAUUAAAUGAUCUUAUCUCACUACUGCUUCUGUUCAAAAUAACCUUGAUAUGAUGAAGGAUUUAUGUUACCUCCACUUCAAAUAAGAGUACCGAGGGAUGCAUUUCAUUACUGUCCUGUGACACUGGAGAAGCCAGGGCUGCUGUGGCAAUAUUUUUCAUUUGUUUGUGUCAUAAAGAGGAUUUACUUGCAGGAAGAGCUUGACUCCUGAGAAAAUGAAUAGUCAAUAUAUACGUCAUGAAGUGCGAGGAUGUGAAACUAGCAACCUGAGAAACUUCUGGGAAAAGACAAUUGAACAACAAACUCGGUACCUGCAAGUUGAAAAAGAACGUCAGCAAAAAAGUGCUCUGACAAAGCUCAGAAAUGAAUGGAUGGAGAGGCUCGAAAAACGAAUAAAGAUGUUGAGGACCCAACCUGAAGACGCAUCUAGUUGAAGAUCCCACACUCACUGCUUGUAUAGAAAGAGAAUGAAAUUGUUUUGCGGGAGAGUAUGACAAUGGGAUGCAAAAAUGAAGAAAUCACUCUUGUAAUAAGCUUUCCUUUUCAUCUCACAUGAUCCUUCUUCUCAUCUACUAAGUCAAAAUGAAGAAAAUCUAUCAGCAGCCAGGAAAACAAAUGCCAGGAAAAAAUUAUUUUAAAGUAUGAUGUGCCCCACUCCCUGCCCAGUUUUCCUUCAUUGUACAUUUUGUAUGGUUAUGUCAUAUGAGGAUGCAUAAGGAAUAAGUCUCUAUCAAGACAGAAUAUAACAAAAUCAUAUCUUAAAUUGAUAACAAGGAACUCGUUUUGUACAGAAUGUUUCUUUUCCAGCUGGAGGUCAGGAGGGGUUCUAAGAAGACAUUUCCAAAAUUAAAUCACUUUUGUUCUGAGCUCUGCAAUUUCAUCUUUAAUGGUUAGAUGAAUUAUUUCAGGUUCCACAGUACUAGAUUCAGAACACAGGGCCAUGUAAUCUUUAUUUAUCUAGGUGCUAGUAACACAUUUCAAUAAAACCUUGAUCACUUUUGCAGUGAUUAUCUAUGUAAGAGGUCUAUAAAUUACUGUCAACAAAAGAAUACAUGACCAGAGAAAUAAAUACAAUCUAGAAUUAAUCAGCAAAAUAAAGAAGUGCAAUAACAUUAAAAUUCAAGUCUAAAUGUGAAGAAACAAAUUACAUCAGGAACUGGAGUAGACUAUAUGAUUAGAAUGGCUCCAGAGAUUUGAAAACUCAAAAAAUAAAAUUGCAACUUACUCAGAUUGUCAUUAAAUAAAUUAAAAGGAUUUAAAAAAAAAUAAAUGAAACUACAAUUUCAGAAAGACUAAGAAAUGAGUCGUAAUGCUACAAAAAUGAUAUAAAAAGUUAUACAGAAACCUGACAACAGCACUAGAAAAGUCAUCAGAUAAAAACUGAUAAGAUCAUCUGAGAUUAGUGAAACCAUUAUGGUUACAGAAGAUGCUUAGAUACUCUUCAGACAGUUCUUCACUGGUAUGCAGUUUCAAAGGAGUGCAAUAUUUAAUUAAUCAUGUUAAACAUAAUAUUUCAAAUAUUCAUAACACAGAUACUUAAGAAACACUUCAUUUGUCUUGAUUUUAUUCUAUCCAUAUUUUCGCCUUGUUUUUGAAUAUAACAGCUAGAAAUUUUGAGUUACGUCCAUCUGCUUUUAAUAGAUUUGUAAUUAAAAUGUGGUAGAUACUUGCUUAUCAUCUUAGCUUUCAUUAUUUAACUCUUCCUUUGCUUCAUCCUGACACUGACUAGCAAGAACUUGCAUGCCACUUUCUCAUUAUAAAUGUAUGGUACCUUACUGUUGGAAAAAGCUUUUAAAUUCUUACAGUAAUCAAACGUUUUAUCAUCCUUUGGAACAAACUCUUAAUAAUCUGAAUCCAAGUCUUAAAUACUAUUUAUCAGAAAUAUUCUGCAUGCUAGCACAAAAGCGACAGCCCAUUUUAGCUGUAUUAAUGUCCUUUCAAGUAUACAGAUAAGUGAGAACUGUGAAGAAUGAUUGUCAGUAACUUAAUAGACCUCCUAGCAGUUUAGCCCAAACUGAUACAGCUCAAAUACAGUUCUUGACUCAGUAGUCCUUCCUGAAGCUCCUCUCUGGAGCUCUCUAAUUAAGAAGGAAAUAUUUUUGAUCAGGCUCUGAACAAGUGGUGCUGGUCAGGGAAAAGUCAGGAUGACUUUUUGGUAAGAUGGUGGCAUCAAAUCAGAGACAUGGUUCCACUGUGCCUGCGGGAAGCUAUCCAGCCCUGUCACAGAAGAAUUUCUGCACCCCAGGGCAAAAGCAUCCAGCAAACCAUGAAUGGCAUGACAAUGGCAUCACACAUUAUCUCUUAUGCAGCUACUUCUCCAUUCAGUUAUGCCUGCUUAGGCUUUUGGUAACAUUCACUGAAAAGGAGAUUGAUCUGUUGGUCAGUUGUGAAGCAUUUAAAAUUUUCAGCACUGGAAUAAACCCAC